AUGACCCUUUCUUUGACGAUUCGUUCUAACAGGGUUUGCGAGGAGGACGCGACAGAGAGCAGGCAAACGAGCACAUUGCUGCUCCCAGUCACCACGUCCUUGUCUGGAUCGGACGGUUCCCCUCCCCGCAAGCGCCCUCGAAGCGCUGCCUCCAACAUGGGUGGUAGAAGGGAGGGAGAAUCUGCACAAAUAUGCAGGGAGUGCGAGACCGAAGAUGGGGCUUCAGAGAAGGAAAAGACCUGUCUUGCCUUUGAUGGCAAGUAUGGAGCAGCAGACAGCAUCAGCGCUCCAAACGGUCAGAUGAGAAUAGCGGGCCUUCAAGAAGAUGGUGAAGGGGAGGAGCAGCUGCCUGCUGCUGCUGCAGUCGAGAAGAUCCUGUGCAUCUUACCAUCAAGGCAGGCGAAUAGUGAUCCAAGCUUUAGAACAUCUGGGUUGCCGCCAGAGCGCAGAGAUGCUGGAACAAGAAACAGGAAUCAGAUUAAGAAGUCCAGCUGUGGAGGAGUUGGAACAAGCAGCCUUGCAAGAUGCCGACUUGUAAUCAAGCGACAGAAGUUUCUUGAGAUGCUUCAGAGUGAGAGGAUUGCGGAAGCUAUGAACUGCCUACGCGCAGAGAUCACUCCACUCACAGAGGACGAAGAGACGCUGAAGAAACAAGCCAAAUGGCUCGGUGCAAACCAGGCAGGAAGACGGGAAGUCUUGAAGCAAAUCGAACAAGAGCUACCGCCGAGCGCCAUCAUUCCGCCUCGUCGAUUAGAUUACCUUUUGCAGCAAGCUUUGAAAUACCAGAUGAGUCAAUGUCUAAGAUAUAAUAGAAACGAGCCCUGGACUAAUCUCCUCGUCGACUGUCAUGCGACAGACGACUUAGUACCAAAUGAAACGAUACAUCUGCUGGAGCUUCACAAGGACGAAGUAUGGCAUGUACAAUUCUCGAAUGAUGGGAAGUUUUUGGCUUCAGCGAGCAAGGAUAAGACAGUCAUCAUAUGGUCUGUGGAGGAACAAUUUAAUGUGUAUAAGGUUCUUAAGGGGCAUGAGCAAGCUGUCAACAUUGUGGCAUGGAGCCCAGAUGAUCGGUGGCUUCUCUCCGGUGGUGGAGAUCUUACGAUCAAGUUGUGGGAGACGCAGACAGGGGACAUGUUGAGAGAGUUCAAAGUUCAUACAGAGAGUGUCAGCGCGAUCGCAUGGCUGCACGAUGACGAUAGGUUUGUGUCUGGAAGUUAUGACAAGAAACUCAUCGUCUGGAACGCCAAGAAUGAGGAGCCGGAGAAGAUCAUUUCGGGGGAACGGGUCACCGACCUAGCGGUUAGCAAAGACGGACGGCGGCUCGUCCUGAUCUCGCCAGAGCAGCGGAUACGCGUGUACUCGCUACCUCACAUGGUCGAGUCGAACAAGGCGGCAACAAUGACUUUCAACGAGCAAGGGAGCAUGACGUCGGUCUGUAUCAGCCAUGACGGGCGCUAUGCCCUCGUCAAUGUGUCGAGCGACAGUCAGUCAACGUGCAACGCGGCAACGCAGGAGCCCCAACCUGAGGUGCACCUGUGGGACCUGGAUGAGAAGAAGCUGCUCAAGAGGUAUCGAGGGCACAAGCAGGGACGGUAUGUAAUCCGAUCAAGCUUUGGAGGCAAUCGCGACGCUUUCGUUGUUGGGGGAAGUGAGGACUGCCGGGUCUUCUUGUGGCACAGAGACAGCGCUGCUCUGAUCCAUGCACUCCAAGGACACUCGGGCACGAUUAACUCGGUUGCAUGGAACCCCAAGGAUGCUGUCAUGUUCGCGUCAGCGUCGGACGACAACACUAUUAGGGUAUGGGGGCGUAAGACGAAGAAGACAGAGGCGAAGAAAGAGCACAUGAAUGGGGGCUCGGCGAUGACAAAUGGCAUCAUCAAGACAUGA